UACUGUGCUGCGAACGAUCGCGCUCAUGUGAAGCCACGGGUCCGCCCAUCGCAGAAUGAAGUGUCUGUGCUUGUUUGUGCUGUUUCUGUGUGUGAGGUGCGAAGCCGGCGGCAGCAAGCCGCGCAGAGGCCGCGGCAGUAUGUGGUGGGGUAUAGCAAAGGCCGGCGAGCCGAACAAUCUGUCACCACUCUCACCCGGCGUGCUAUACAUGGACCCGGCGGUCCACGCGACACUACGGCGGAAGCAGCGCCGCUUAGCGCGAGAGAACCCUGGGGUGCUGGCCGCGGUCGCGAAGGGAGCCAGCAUGGCCGUCGCAGAGUGCCAGCACCAGUUUAAAUAUCGAAGAUGGAACUGUUCAACGAGAAACUUCCUGAGGGGCAAGAAUUUAUUCGGCAAGAUAGUUGAUAGAGGUUGUCGAGAGACUGCAUUCAUAUAUGCAAUCACGAGCGCUGGAGUGACACAUGCUGUGUCACGCGCAUGCGCAGAAGGUUCCAUCGAGUCGUGUACGUGUGAUUAUUCACACGUGGACCGCGCCCCGCACCGCUCCAGGGCCGCGGCAGCAGCCAACGUUCGAGUCUGGAAGUGGGGAGGAUGCAGCGACAACAUCGGCUUUGGCUUCAAGUUCAGCAGAGAAUUCGUCGACACCGGCGAGAGAGGCAAAACCCUCAGAGAGAAAAUGAACCUUCACAACAACGAAGCCGGCAGAAUGCACGUGCAAACGGAGAUGCGUCAGGAAUGCAAAUGCCACGGUAUGUCGGGGUCCUGCACUGUGAAAACGUGUUGGAUGAGGUUGCCCAGCUUCCGCUCCGUCGGAGACGCGCUAAAAGACCGCUUCGAUGGCGCAUCGAGAGUGAUGAUGUCCAACACAGACUUAGAAGCGCCAGUACAACGGAACGACGCGGCGCCCCACAGAGUGCCGCGAAGGGAUCGAUAUCGAUUCCAAUUACGGCCGCACAAUCCGGACCACAAAUCACCGGGAUCUAAAGACCUCGUGUACCUGGAAUCAUCGCCGGGCUUCUGCGAAAAGAACCCAAGGCUGGGCAUUCCGGGCACGCACGGGCGUACCUGCAACGACACGAGUAUCGGCGUCGACGGCUGCGACCUUAUGUGUUGCGGCCGAGGCUACCGGACUGAGACUAUGUUCGUUGUGGAACGGUGUAACUGCACGUUCCACUGGUGUUGUGAAGUUAAAUGCAAAAUGUGUCGCACGGAAAAAGUGGUUCACACGUGUUUAUAGACUCGCUACUGAUGAGAGAAAGAGACUAUCUAUCCAACCAGUGCCUCGGACUUCAUGGUGAAGUAUUUUGUAUUGAGUUACGAACGGGAAGCGUGCAUAUAUUCACUUCCCAUUUUGACUUAUGUAAAUAUUUUUUUAAACUGUUUAUACAAUUGAACAAUGCUAAUUUAUCUGGCGUGAUACUAAAAUGCGUUACUCUUUAGAGUAAUUUAUUCAACUAUUAAGUGUGAAUGUGAUCUAGUAAUUUACACCGUUGUACGGAUACUAAUAAGACCAGUUCAGGGCGAUUUAUUAUUAGAGCUAUUUGUUAAAGUCAUCAAUUUGUAUAAGUAACUGGAUUUAUUGGUUUCAUUACACGGUGAAGCGUAAUUUAUUAUUUAUUUGAUAAUGGACUUCUGUUGUUACUAUUCUCCCCAAGCGCGAAUAUAAAGACUACUUUAAAUGGUAUUUUCUAAUAUCAUUUCAAAGUUAUAUUAAUUAUAUUGCAAUUUUGUUAUACUUCGAGUAAAACAUAAAUAAUCCCUGCCAUCCCAUUUAAAAUUUCAAUUUUAUAGACGUUAGCGUUGGGUGUACGGUCACAUUAUCUGUUUUGAGGCUCGAGAGCGAAAUUAUCUUGUAAUUAAAAUUUUAUAUUAAUUAUUAAGUCGUUUUAUGCAAAUUGCACCUUUAAUGCAUCCGGAUAAAGUGCCUUCUUGGGUGUUCACCUUCCGAGGCUGCUAGCUGUUCUUAUCAGUGUAUAAGUAGCACCAUCGUAAAAGUGUCCCACAUUACGAGAUAAACGCUCUCGAGAAUGUUAAUUAAAUAUUAAAAGAAUUAAAUAAUCAGUAUUAUACGUAUAAUAUUGUAUACGUGCUGCGUUCGAUAUUCGAAGAUAAAACUGCGCGUACAGUCUCGAGUCUUGACAGUUGUUAUAGAUUUUAAACAGUUGCUCGUGCGACAGUUGUUCUUUAUUUAUUAAAGCAUGUACAGAUCGCUUUUAUUACAUUUAAUUAGGGUGUGCGAACUGUUGACUGGACACACACGAGUGUAACUUUCUAACCUUGCUACUGACUAUCUCUGAUAAAAUAUAACUACUAAUUUGUUGGACAGAUUUAAUAGAGCAAGUGCUAAACAGGUUUCCUUGAUAAUUUUGACAGGCCUCGUCAACAGUUUGCUCGUUGAAAAUGGAGCUUUAUUAAAGAUAUAUCAACGUGAAUGAUAUUUUCAUACUAUGUGAUAUAAAAUAAUUAACAAGUAUUGCUAGGAUAGGUCUUGUAAUGUUACAUGUGUAUUAUAAUGAAUUUAAUGAUAAGUAAUUUCAGACCAGUUUUAAAUUAAGGUAUUUAUUAAAGCUUUGUUUUUGUAGGAUUUUUCAAUUGAAAUGGUUGUGUUAUUUGGAGUACUGUACAUAACUAUAUUUCGUAAAGCAAACCUCCAAUUUAUACGUAUUUUAAUGGAUAGCUAAGAAAGUGACAAUAAUUUUUUAAGUAGAA